AUGGCAUCCCAAAUUACGGAUGCCGAUUUUAAGCAAAGCCGCUCGUACUCCGACAAGGCAAAUUACGCACAGGCUAGGAUCUCACUGCAAGAGACUCUGGAUUCACUCACUGGAAUUAGUCGACUUCAUGUCGCAGCCGAGUACGCCAGGGUCCUUCGAGCACAGGGCUAUUUCGCGAAAGCAUUGGAACUUCUUUUGGAAGAAGAUGAAAAGCUUUCAUGCGUAGCCGCAGUUCCUAGUUCGAAGUGGCCGAUUAUUCGGAUGAAGAUGGAGGUCUGUUUGCUCAAGAUGAGCGUAACGGCUGAGUUCGACCAAUCGCUGAAGGACGCAAAGGAUCUGCGUACGGAGGCGGAUGACUUUGCGGCGAUCAUGGAACUUGAUCCGUCAGCUAUUGAAGCAGCGGUAUACUAUGCCAAGAUUCAGCUUCUAUCAUGCCAAUUUCAUGAUCCAGUCAAGCCCGACCUGCUAGAAGGUUUAAUUUCAUGGCUGGCGCCCGUAUUCGAAAAGCUCAUCAGGAUGAGCCGCCAUCGAGAAGCGUACAGAAUACUGGAAGCAUACGGGGUCUUCCUCAGACAAUCGAAGCAUGUAGGCAUCGCAUGUCUCAACUUUCAGACUUGGCAUACGAUGGUUAGGACACUCAUAUCGUCCGCAGAUUUGCCGUUGUUAAGGGCAGAUGCCAUGGCUCUGUUGUCCAGAUAUGCCGAUAAAUCACUUGAUCAAGCAACAAUUGCGAACAUGGAAUCAAAUGCUAUAAAUAUAUAUACCGAUGAAGCACAUUUGUUAGGUGUAGCAGAUGUUAGGAUCCAGCAAAUCGGUCGAGAGAUUGAAGGGAGACCUGAGAAAGUCACAGAAGAAUUGCUGGCAGAGUUGAAAGAGCUCUUCCUCAAGUACGAGGCGGUGGAUGCGGUCUCGGCCUAUCAUGAAGCUGUAGAAGCCAUCAUCCCGCAUAUCCCGGGCUCGUUGGCUCCUGAUCUUCGGCUCCAACUCUACCAUGUGAGCGACGAGCUAGAGGUAUUCACGGGAGCAACUCUUGCUUCCCAUUUUAGUCGCAUCCGCCUCAUUAGCAUGUGGAUUGCACAUUCGGGCAAGGCGGCCCGUGCUGUCGAUGCCGCUGUUGGCAUACAUGCUGUGGUGGGAGCUGGCGGUUGUAGGUGGCUAAAGGGCAUGGCUGCAUAUCUUGCGUCUUUAGCCUACUGCCAGCUGAUGGAUUUUCAGAAGGCAGCGGAUUGGGCAUCUAAAUCCAUUGAAGCAUUCAAUGGCAAGUUCAGUGCUGAUAUUUCUAAAGCCACCACUACCCUUGUGCAAGCAAAGCUCAGGAGAGAGCGCCCUGGUUCAACGAGUGCGGAAGACUUCCUCUCUUUCGUUGAGAGUGCUAUUAGGCAUGAUUCAGAGAACGGGUUCUUUGAACAGGCUGCCAUUAAGAUGGAAUUCACCACCGACAAUAUACAAGAACUGAGUGAUGAAAAAUUUGAACAUUGGCUGGAAAUGAUGGAACGUGUUAUCAAGAAUUUAGCGACAACCGACUCUGAGGAAGCAGAUAUGCGGAGGGCAGGGCUGUAUCAGAAGCGUGCCAGCAUUCUUGCUUCUAAAAUACGCCAAGACUCGAAACCAGAGCAGUGGGAUGAAGCUCUGAAAUAUUUGGACGAAGCGGUUGCUUUGUACAUGACGCACAAAAGGCUUGUGGAGGCGGCGAACACGAGACAAAUCCAGUCUGUGGUAUUGUUCCGCAGAUUCCAAUUCUUACCCACCGUUGAUCUUUUAUCCCGCUGUCUAGAACUGAUUGAGAUCGCACUCGAACUUUUCACUCUCUUGGAUAGCCUGACAUUCAUCACUUCUGCAACCGAGUGCAGAUCAAGAUUUCUAUACGGAGGCUGGGGAUACGGAUGGGUGAAAGGUGAUGAUGUCUUGAAGGCACUACAAAACGCAGAAGUUGCUCAAACGAUGGAAAGAGCAGAUAUGACUGUUUCCCCAAGCCUAGAGGCUGUAUCUCGCCGGCAACACUUUGCCUCUUCUUCCGCUGGGCUGAGAAACAUAUACCGACAUGCCUUCAGCAUCUGCCUGGUAGAAAAUCGGGUUACUGAAUUAUGGGCAUGGACGCAGAAGGCCAAAGCUCGAAGCUUGUCGGAUCAGUUAGGUCUAGAGACCCAAAUACCACCGGUGAUCAAAGAGCAAAUAAACCAGGACGCAACUAGACGAGAGUUAACACAGAAAGCAGAAGAGAUUUGGAAACAGAUUUCAGAAAGCGACCCGAUGACACGACUUAGACUCAGAGGGGAGCUUGAUAGAGUUCAUUCACAAAUGAAGAACGACCCAUUGCUGAAACUUUCCUUGGAUAUAAGGAAUGGUACGCCUGUCGAGUUAAAACAAAUGCGUGAACUGGGUGAGCAGAUGGAGAAGCGAUCCCCAAACCAAAACGUGCUCUUUGUCGACUGGCUGGAGCAUUCCGGGAGCUUUUGGAUGCUAGUGCUCGACAGCAACUCGGAGUUGCCGACGACUGUGAAAUGUUCCCUCUCUGUCAAUGAGGUGGUAGCCUGGAAACAAGCUUGGCUUGACGCCGAGGCUGGGAUGCCUUCGGCUUUUGAAGAAGACGAUUUUUACGAUGAGACUGAACCGGAGUUUAGUUUGCGUAGCUUGGAUGGCCUUGUCUCACCGCUAGAGCAACUGAGCAAAAGUGAGGACCUUCUCAUCUUUUGUCCAACAGGCGUACUGCACUCUAUUCCUUUGCAUGCCUUGUGGGUUGGCAGCGAGACUACUGUCAUAGAGCGACAUCCGGUCAUUUAUAGUGCUAGCCUCACGGCAUUUUGGCAAUGCCAUCAUCGGGCCGCUCUGGCACCAGAUUCAUUCUCGCCAUUGAGUAUGCCUUGGACAAUGACGGGGGUCUUCGAGCCUGGUAUCAAUGCAUUUGACAAAGUUGAACAAGACAAGGUAUAUUCUUCCAUCUCCCAGAUGGCCGAGCUAUUCAACACAGAGCGUGGAAUUGGCCACGAGGUGACCACGUCCUUUCUUUCGUCUGCUAUCCAACAAUCGGCGCUUUUCCACUUUCACGGGCACUGCAUACUCGACCGUAAUUCGAUAGCAGACCAGUGCCUUGUGCUGGCCCACGAUAGGCUCGCAAUGCGUGAGGUCUUUGAAAUGAAGUUGAAGGUGCCUCAUAUCACCCUCGUGGCGUGUGACUCUGCGUCACAAGGCAUAACGGCAGGUGAUGAGCCCCUCGGAAUGGUGACUGCCUUCCUCUGCGCAGGAGCAGGCUCUGUUUUGGGAACACUCUGGCCCACAGCCUCUCAAACUGGUCGAUACUUUAGCGAGGCAUUUUAUACUGCGCUCGCGUCUGAAAUGAAGGAUAACGGAAGUGGUGUUGUGGAUUUAGCACACAUCACUCGGAAGGCGGUUCUAUCCCUUCGCCAGAAAAUGGACACUCGACAACCUUAUCAUUGGGCAGCGUUUGUUCUUCACGGGUCCUCUUCGUUCAAAGCACACCACUAUAAAGGAUGUUAG